CUUCAGGGGCCGGACUUUCUCUCUCUCUCUCUCCUACUUGCUCGCUCUCUUUUCUCUCUUUUUCUUUUUCCUCCUCCUCCUCUUCUGAACUGUCUGCUGACAACACCAGCGGUUCCUACACCAUCACCUCCCGUCAAGGCUUUUGUUGUUUUUUGUUUUUUGUUUUUUUUAAGCUAGUUUCUCGGAUGCACGCGGACUUGUCUUGCUCGAUAUUAAACUGGAUUAUCUUCAAGUGUGUGGACUCCCGACUGUUUGAAGAGGCUGUUUUAAAUGUUGACGGGUUGUCUGUCUUGUAAGAUGGCAUCAGCACCUCAGGGGACAUCAUAAAGACAGACAGACAGGACAGCACAUACCAUACAGUGGCAGAUUCCUCGGUGGCAGUGCCGGUGUCGUGCGCGGCCUUGUUUCCCAUGGACCUCAGGGUGGGAGAACGGGGGAUGCGCCCUGGCUCGGACACGGCGCUCCUCACCCCGCUGCACCCGCCGUUACUCCUCUCCCCAUUCUCCCCUCAGCCCCGCACCUCCUUCUCCCAACAGCAACUGCACCAGCACAUCCGGUUUAAUAUGGAGCAGAGGAGGCGGGAGCAGGAACACCACGAGAAACAGCAUGAAUUGCAGCAGCUAAAACACAAAGACAAGAGUCAACAGAGUGCAGUGGCCAGUUCCCUGGUAAAACAGAAACUUCAGGAGGUGAUUCUGAAGAAGCAAAAACAGGCGGCACUGGAAAGAACAAACUCCAACACUCUGAGUGCAACACCUGUAGCAUACAGAAAGCUGGGCCCAGACCCUAGUGUUUCCUCCCAGAAUCUGGUCUCAUCUCCAUCGCAGCCUGCUUCUGAGGGGUCAGAAGGGACACCACUACGCAGGGCAGCGUCUGAGCCCAAUCUGAAGGUGAAACACAAACUGAAGAAACAUCUAAACACACGAAAGAGCCCGCUCACCCGCAAAGAGAGCGCCCCGCCCACAAUCAAACACAGAGUACCUGACACACUGGACUCGUCCCCCAGCAGCAGUAGUACUCCAGUCUCUGGCUGUAGUUCUCCUAAUGACAGUCUGCCCAGUGAGAAUGGACUACUGCCAUCUGCAGGCGGCCUUUCACAUGAGGCACAGAAGCUGCUGCUCAGAGAUGGCACUCUAGCUAAUUUCACCAUCCAGAGUCCUUCCACUUUGCCCACCAUCACACUGGGGCUACCGGCCAAUGCCAGGGCUGAUGGAGAGCUGUCCUCUCUGAAGGUCGGCCAGAUGCCCAUGGUUACAGCCGGGGGCUCACCGGUCUUCCUCCCUCUGAGCAGAGAGGAUCAAGCUGGGCAGCUACACCCUCACCUGCCUGUUAUCAUCCUCGAACCCUCCGGACUAGUACACACUCCACUACUCACUGUUCCAGGCCUCGACGCCGUCUCACUGCAGUUCGCCCCUCAGUUAGACCAUCUGUCUCCAGGAGGCACUCAACCCCACAAGCCACUGAGCAGAACACGCUCGGAGCCCCUCCCUCAGAGCCCCCGGACCCUUCACGCACAUCUCCUGCAACAACAGCACAACACACAACUACUAGAGAGGCUCAAACAGCAGACGCAUCUGGGGAAGCUAAUGGCCAAGUCUGAGAAGCCCAGACUGCAUCAGAUCCCCUCUGAGGAUAUGGACUCAGAAGAUGGUGGCUGCCCAUCGCCAACAGAGCCAGCCUAUCAGAGCAGAGUGAGGUCAGAGUCUCUGAGGGAAGCAGAGCCAACAGCAUCCAAGAGCCAUGAAGAGCAAAUCAACCUGCAACAUGCACUCAUACUCAACCAGUCAUUGCUAUGGGAACAGCAGAAGCAGCUGCAGCAGCUGCAUCGACAGAUGGAGACCCUGGCAGUGCCCAUGUUACGCAGCGGCGGAAGUGGCGGAGUUGGUAGCAGUUUGGGUGUCCAUCGCCCCCUGUCACGUACGCAGUCGUCCCCAGCUUCAACAUCUCUCACUCUGCCUGAGAAACCCCUCAGUCUGCCGGGACAGGAUACCAGCAGCAAGCCACGCUUCACUACUGGGCUGGUGUAUGAUUCUCAGAUGCUGAAGCACCAGUGCACAUGUGGAGACAACAGCAGUCACCCAGAGCAUGCUGGAAGGAUACAGAGCAUCUGGUCCAGACUACAGGAGAGAGGCCUGAGGGGGCAGUGUGAGAGUAUUCGCGGUCGUAAAGCCACGCUGGAAGAGCUCCAAUCAGUCCAUACAGAACGCCAUGUGUUGCUUUACGGCACCAACCCUCUCAACAGACUCAAACUGGAUAACCGCAAACUGGCCGGAAUCCUCUCUCAAAGGAUGUUUGUGAUGUUACCAUGCGGGGGUGUUGGGGUUGAUAAUGACACCAUCUGGAAUGAGUCGCACACCUCUACAGCGUCACGCAUGGCAGCAGGCAGUGUCGUAGAGCUGGCCGUCAGAGUGGCCAAGGGUGAACUAAAGAAUGGCUUUGCUGUGGUCAGACCACCAGGGCACCAUGCAGACCCCUCCAAUCCAAUGGGUUUCUGUUACUUCAAUUCAGUGGCCAUAGCUGCCAAGCAGCUCCAACACAAGCUCAGCGUCAGCAAGAUCCUCAUUGUUGACUGGGAUGUCCACCAUGGUAACGGAACCCAGGAAAUUUUCUACAGUGAUCCCAGCAUUCUCUACAUCUCACUUCAUCGCUAUGACGACGGGAACUUCUUCCCUGGCAGUGGGUCACCGGCUGAGGUGGGUUCUGGAGCAGGCGAGGGUUUCAAUGUGAAUGUGGCAUGGACAGGAGGACUGGACCCACCCAUGGGAGAUGCAGAGUACCUUGCUGCAUUCAGGACUGUGGUGAUGCCCAUCGCUCAGGAGUUCUCCCCGGACGUCGUUCUGGUGUCGGCUGGUUUUGAUGCUGCCGAGGGCAACCCCGCUCCUCUGGGAGGGUACAAGGUCUCCGCCAAAUGUUUCAGCUUCCUGACCCACCAGCUGAUGUCUCUAGCAGGGGGUCGUCUGGUUUUGUCCCUUGAGGGAGGUCAUGACCUCACAGCUAUCUGUGACGCAUCUGAAGCUUGUGUCAGUGCACUCCUAGGCAAUCAGGACCCACUGCCAGACGAAGUCCUGCUCCAGAAGCCUAACGCUAAUGCAGUCCGCUCCCUGCAGACUGUCAUACAGAUACAAAGUCAGUACUGGCAGAGUGUGAAGGCUUACAGUGGAUCAGUGGGUCUGUCCUUCCUGGCUGCUCAGAGAAGAGACUGUGAGGAAACAGACGCUGUCAAUGCUUUGGCCUCGCUCUCUGUGGGAGUUCUUUCCAGCAAGAGCCUUCCUGCUGAGCCGAUGGAGCAUGACAGUGACUCCAUGUAGAAGAAUCUGACCGAUCACCUCACAGAACUCACUUUCAGGAAUUUGGCCCAACCUGUAGCCUUGGAUCUCCUGCGCUGUCAACCACCAUGAAGGGGACAUUUUUGUAAUGCCACUGAGCCCCACCACCUACUUGCCUUAUUCACACACAUGUACAUACACCAACACACAAUGCUGAACCCCUACCAACCUGCCGCAUGAGCGCCUCAAUGCUGGCAACUAUUCAGCUGAAGCCAGCAGCACUACCUGCAGCUGGGAAUCCUUCUGAAACCUCACCAAAGAGCAAUACAGGAUGCUUUUUUUUUUCAAUAGACUUUUCAUGUCUCCUGACUGACAUUGGAUUUUGUGUGUGUUGAAAACUCAGAAGAACGGCUCUGUGACCACAAACCAUAUAGAAACAGACAGAAUUCAGAUGCAGAGUCCUGCUCUGAUUUUUCUUGAAGCACUAUAUACCAGCAGCUGUUUUGUUGCCUUAACUUUGCCUUAACUUAAGGACCAACAUCAGGGUUCAGAGGGAGGAGACUUUGGAUUAUAAAUUCCUCUCUCCUGUGCCAUUUUGCUUCCCAUAUCUGAGGCCAGCUGAACAGGAUGCAGAAUGGCUAAUGACUGAGUGAACCUCUGACAUCAGGUGAAAGCUUGCAUGCUUACAUCUGACGGAUAAGAUGAAAAACAAUAAGAAGUGGUCACAUCAUAAAGAAAGAAAAAGAAAAAAGACACAGAGAUUGUCUGUAUUGUUUUAAUGAUGUCAUUAUAUGCAGUUUAACCACUAAAAGAAGACAACAAAGAACUUGAGGUAAAGAGAGAAAAUGAAGACACAAAAAUGGACAUCUGUGGUUUUGUAGAAACAAAGAAAGGGCAGACGUCCCUGUUGUUUUAUUGCACUGUGCAUUCCAUAAUGUGAACCAUAAGAAAUUCCAAAGCUCUGGGAAACACAAAACAACUCCUCUUUCUAGGUUAUUUAAUUGCUUAUUGAAGAUUUGGAUGAAUGGCGUUUGCUCUCUUUUUCCCACUCGCAAUCUGAGAUGUCUUAUGAAGUCUCCGACUCACUCAAAGGACACGAAUUGACCGAAAUACUGUGGAGUUGUAUUUCCCAUGAAGUUCAUCUGGAAAGUAGGAACGAUUUUAAGAGCAGGAUUUCAUUUUUUCACUGCUAUUCAGUGUCUUAAAUGCACACACACACACACACACACACACACACACACACACACACACACACACAUAUAAAUACCUAAACACACAAGUACUAAAUAAUGAACUUUUGAUGUACCACUAGUAUUGAAUACUGUAUAUUAUUGUUUAUAUUUGAGACUAAAUGAGCGUUCAUUCCACCACUGAGGACCAUUGUAUUGUUUUGUAGUAGCAAUAAUGUUAAUGCACUUAAUGGACAUCACCCAAAGAAAACUGCCUUAUAACAGCCUGCACUUGGCAGUGGGGCUGUGUGGAAGCAACACGAGGGACCAGUAUGGAUACUGCUCUUACAAUGACUCUUGUUCUUAAGACAGCAUUUAGAACCUGUGGAUUUAGAUGAACAUCUUAUAUGCAGACUUUUGUAUACUGUUUGUUGCGAGGAUGAGUUCAUUGAUGUCCACAUACAUGCUGUAUAAGGAGAUACAAUUUGAGAGUCCUGGUUUAUAGUCCUUCAAAUGUUUUGUUUGUCAUAUAUGGUUAGGAAAAAAAAGAAAAAAAGUGGCCGAGUCACAAUCUAAUUAAGGAAGCUAAUCCUUUGUGUUUUGUUUUGAAGUGAACAUGAGUGUUUUCCCACAUGACUCUUCUCUAUGAGUACACACUUUUACUCAGCUUAACGUCACCGUGCUUGGAAGCAGCUCUGCUUGUCAUGCUACCAUCAGACGAUGCUAUGCUAAAUGUGUGAAAAGUGUCUUGUCAGUCAUCUGUACUGAAGUGAUGUUUGUAGCAGAAAUCAUGUGGAUCAGUCUUUUGAAGAAUUUUCUGAGAGCUCUGCAUUCCAACAAUCAAAAUAAGAAGAUCACAUUUCUUAGACUGGAGGUUAUUAUGUAGCAAAGCAGAGCUAGUUGAAGUGCAUUUUC